UAAGAAGUAAUUAUACAUAAGAACAACGACGUUAAAACAAGUUCAGUAUUGUUCCAGUAGUAGUCCUUAAAGGCACUUCGAUCUCUUGAAAUGUUACUGAACUCACCGCCACAGAAAACUCUCUGCGCACUUUUGUUAAUUGCUUGCGUCCAUGGGAGACCCCAAGGCGAUAAAGAUGCAAAGGUAUUGACGAGCGAGUAUAAACAGGAGAUUCCAGGCUCUUACCGUUACAAGUAUGAGACUUCGAAUGGAAUUGAGCACUCGGAAAUUGGGGAAAUGCAGCAGACCAAUCUUAACCAAAAGUCGUUAAGCAAGAAGGGCUAUUUUUCGUACAGAGGAUUGGAUAACAUCUUGUAUACCAUAACUUAUGUAGCUGAUGAUAAAGGAUUUCGUCCUACGACUCACAUCGGUGGUCCAGUCGAUCCUGUCCAAUCAUCCUACACUACCGUCCUUCCAUCUGAUAAGAAUGCCCUAGGAUCGGAUGAUGAGGACGACGACGACGAUCGCAUUGGGUCAACCCUGAUCAUUUCGUUAGGCGGCGGAGGAGUCGGAUAA